CUCCAGGCCACGCAGUUGGCAAUUGCUACUUCCUCUAUCCACAGCCUGAUCGUGCUCGUCUUCUUUCUACUUCAUCACCCAUAUCACUUACUGAUUCAUCCCCCAUUAGAAACGUUGCAAAUUUAUAUUCUUUCGUCUCACCGAGAUCGACUUCCACCACAUAGAAACGGCCCCUUAUCCGAAACCCCGUCACGGCAAUCGACUGCAUGCAGGAGUUCCGAGUUGACAACGUACUCUCCCAACCAUGGCAGAAGUGGACGUUCUGCCUACUUUCGGUGCUGAAUUGAAGGAUGGCUUCAAACCGGCGAGCGCCUGGGUCGGCCACGGCAUCGCCUGGCUCGAUGAUAUACAACAGUUCUACCGCGAGCGAAGCGCCAUCGAGAAGGAAUACGCCGCCAAGCUCAACGCCCUAGCCAAGAAAUUCUUCGAGAAGAAGAACAAGAAGACGGCCACGCUCAGCGUCGGCGACUCCCCGUCGAUGACCCCCGGCUCGCUCGAGAGUGCAUCCUUGACCACCUGGACCCUUCAGCUGACCACCCUGGAGUCUCGAUCGGAACAACACGACCGCCUUGCGAAUAACCUCCUCUCGCAGGUCGCCGAGCCGCUCAAGUUCCUCGGUGCCCGCUUCGACGAGCUCCGCAAGCGACACGUCGAGUACGCCGAAAAGCUCGAGCGCGAGCGCGAUGCCCAAUACGCCGACCUGCGCAAGGUCAAGGCCAAAUACGACGCCGUCUGCCAGGACGUCGAGCACAGACGCAAGAAGACCGAGUCCCAUUACGACAAGGCCAAGGCCCAGAGCGCCUACCAGCAACAGAUCUACGACAUGAACAACGUCAAGAACACCUACCUCAUCGCCAUCAACGUCACCAAUAAGCAAAAGGAGCAAUACUACCACGAGUACGUCCCCGAGGUGAUGGACAGCCUUCAGGACCUCUCCGAGUUCCGCACCAUCAAGCUAAACGAGCUCUGGACCGUCGCCUCCCAGCUCGAGUCCGGCGUCAUGCAGCAGAGCCAUACCAUGAUGGUGAACCUCGCCCACGAGAUUGCGCGCAACCUGCCCCACAUGGACUCCAUGAUGUACAUGCGGCACAACAUCACCGAUUGGCAGGAGCCCGCCGACAAGACCUUCGAGCCCAGCCCGGUGUGGCACGACGAUGAUCGCAUGGUCGUCGACGACGUGGCCAAGAUCUUCUUACGCAACGUGCUCGGCAAAUCCAAGGCCCAGCUCGGCGACCUUCGCCGCGAGGUCGACAAGAGAAGGAGGGAGGUGGAAGGCAUCAAGCGCCUAAAGCAGCGGAUCCGGGAGGGAGUGGAAAAUAAGGACGAGGUCGCCGUGGUCACGCAACUUUUUGCCCUCCAAGAGGAACUGCACAGCGUCGACAAGAAGCGCGUGACGGCCGAAGUGGAGACGUCGACCAUCACCACCGUCGUAGGCGACGUGACACUAGGCGCCAAGAAUCACAACUUCAAGUCGCAGACGUUCAAGAUACCCACCAACUGCGACCUGUGCGGAGAGAGGAUAUGGGGCCUGUCGGCCAAGGGGUUCGACUGCCGGGACUGCGGAUACACGUGCCAUAGCAAGUGCGAGAUGAAGGUGCCAGCCGACUGCCCCGGGGAGCAGUCCAAAGAGGAGCGCAAGAAGCUCAAGGCGGAGCGUCAGGAGGCGGCCAACGCGCUCCUCACGGUCAACCCCGGCCCGACACGAGAGACGGCCGAGCUGCCCGAUCUGACUCGGACCAACACCCUGAACUCGCACUCGGGCUACGCGCAUAGUGCCCGCCGGUCCGUGUCGGGCUCCGUCUCCGGCCCAAGAACACCGGCCGAGGAGGCACCGUCGUCGGGUUCCGAGCCGACAAGCCCUCAACUAGCAGCAGCACCUACGUCGGCGACGAGCGCAUCGGCCGCCACCCGCAGAAACAGGAUCAUGGCACCGCCACCGACAGCUUAUGUACACGAGCUUCCAGGAAGCGUACCCAACGGGUCAUCUCAGGCCGAAAAGCAAAAGGGCAAGAUGCUGUACGCUUUCGAAGCCACUACCGAAGGGGAGCUUAGCGUUCCCGAGGGACGCGAGGUCGUCCAACUUGAGCCAGAUGUAGAAGGGUCUGGCUGGGUCAGAGUGCGGGCAGGAUAUAAAGAGGGCCUGGUGCCAGCGGCAUACGUUGAAUGGGAAGCGCCGAAUCCUUCGCCGGCCGCUAUCACGGCGCAGCACACCGGAAGUUCAGCGCGACCGGGGUCCACGUAUAGCAAUUCGGGGUCAUCAAUCGGAACGGCCGGGGCGGCGAAGAAAAAGGGACCGGCGGUAGCACCAAGGCGCGGAGCGAAGAAGCUCAAGUACGUGGAGGCCGUUUACCCGUACACGGCCCAGAGCGAAAUGGAACACAGCAUGGAGGAGGGCGAACGAUUCGUGCUCACCAAAGAGGAUCCUGGCGACGGAUGGAUCGAGGUGGAGAAGGGCGGGCAGACGAGGAGCGUACCGGCGAGCUACGUCCAGGUUGUCUAGGAGACCUACGCGACAGAGGAACUGCACAGUAUGACGAUGACGCAGGUGGUGGCAUCGGGAGACAGUGGCGGGGGGCCGAAGCCGACGACGCGGCAUCGGCAGGACGAGCCGAGGACUGAGAUCCGACCCCAAGUCAGGACGAGAGCCAAGACGAAAUCGAGCAGUCCCGGCUCUUCGGAUCCCUUUCCGAACCCAGCGAGUCGCGGAGUUGCGCGCACACGUCGGCAACCCGAGACCGGCAGGUUCGAUGCGACGACCAAGGUUCAUGCGAGGACCGGUUCCGAGCCCGAACCCAGGGCGGCUGAGAGGCCAAAGGUGACGAGCGUUCGGCUGGUCCAGAGGAAGUCCAGCCUGCGAGAGCGGCGCAAGGCGAGACAAGGGGUAGGCGGGUACCAGACUCACUGGUCCCAUGAGCUCUCUACUCCGUACGCGGAUCGGAGAACCGAAAGAAGUAGGCAUGA